AUGCUACGUUUUCUCUUUUUACCAAUUUUCUUUGUCAUAACCGUUUCAAGUUCCACAUCUGACAUAAAAGCUAUAUACUGGCUUCAACAACCACUUUUCCCUCCUUCGGCCAUAAACACAUCACUCUUCACUCACGUCUACUACGCUUUCCUUGCACCCAACAACGCCACCUAUGAACUCCACGUCUCAAACUCCACCGCGGCAAACCUCGCCACGUUCACCGCCACGCUCCGCCCUUCCGUCGCAACUCUCAUUUCCAUCGGCGGCGCCAACUCCGAUGCUGCGCUCUUCGCCGUCAUCGCCUUUAACGCCACCGCGCGCGCCGCCUUCAUCAACUCCACCAUCGCCGUCGCACGCGCCUUCGGCUUCCACGGCGUUGACCUGGAUUGGGAGUUCCCUCGCACCGCGAACGAAAUGAACGGCCUCGGCCAGCUCUUCAAGGAGUGGCGAGCCGCCAUCUUCGCCGAGGCCGCGUCCACCUCCCGGGAACCGCUUCUCCUCACCGCCGCCGUGUACUUCUCCUUCGAUUACUUUCUAUCUGAAACGACGUCGUUGCGGUACCCGGUUUGUUCCAUUAACGAUAAUUUAGAUUGGGUCAAUGUUAUGAGUUACGAUCUUCAUGGGCCGUGGAGUAACCGUACCGGGCCUCCUGCUGGGCUUUUUGACCCGAAAAGUAAUGCCAGUGUGAGCUACGGGUUACAGUCGUGGAUCCGGGGCGGGGUUAUUCCGAAGAAGAUUGUGAUGGGUUUACCGCUUUAUGGGAGGACGUGGCAGUUACUUGACCCGAGUGUGAAUGGAAUCGGGGCUCCGACUUUUGGUGCGGGUCCCGGGUUGGAUGGUUCGAUGGCGCUGUUUCAGGUGUUGGAGUUCAAUAACGAAACGGGUGCGAAUGUUGUGCAUGACAAGAAAACGGCGUCGGUUUAUUCUUACAGUGGGGGUUAUUGGGUCGGGUACGAUGACCCGGUAACGGUGGCGGUUAAGGUUGCGUUUGCUCAAUCUCUAUAUCUUCGUGGGUAUUUCUUUUGGGCUGCUGGCCUCGAUACUAGCGAUUGGAAAAUCUCAACACAAGCUCAAAGUUCAUGGAUGCUUUGCAUAAACGAGAGCGGAGGAGUGAACUGA